CCAUACGUCUAUUUCACCCCGACCUGCUCCCGAUCUGGCCUUGUGUCCCGGCUGGCCUGYGGAGCAUCGCUAGUAGAAAUCCGAAUUAAGGUCGUGGGUUCGAAUCCCAGCGAGGUGCUUAGACGGAAGCUAAUACUGAGUGGAAGAAUUCAAAUUKAUCACUUCAAACCAAGACCAACAGCUCUUCAYAAUGUGGUGKCUCCUUUUGUUUAUAUUCCUCAAAGGUAUGAGUUCUGUCCAGUCAUUGGACAUGGAUGGUAGCGUUCGAUCUCGUCUCGGACAUUUCAAUACAACGCGYAAUAACCUCGUCAGUCCAGAAGACAAGGCAAAGGCACGUGAUUACAUCGUGAAAACGUUUCAGGAAUUUGGACUGGACACGUGGACAGAGGAGUUUCCAUCCAAUCAGAACUCGUACCCAGGGAUAAACGUGAUUGGCCGCGUCAAUGGCAGAUACACUGGGACCAACAAGGAUAAGAUUCUUAUCAUCGGAUCUCACUACGAUACUGUCCAGACAACCAACGGCGUUGAUGACAAUGGUUCUGGGGUAACGGCGUUACUGCAAACAUUAGCCAAGUAUAAAAGCACGAAUAACGCCAAAUGUACACAAGACUACACCUUGUUAUUUGUAGCCUUCGACCUUGAAGAAAACCAAGGAGGUUCAUGCAGUGGACAGUGUGCCUGUCGUGGUAUUGUGUGUGGAAGUCAUUUCUUUGUCAAAAAUCUAACAAGGCACCUGAACAACACCGGCAUUGGAAUGCAAGGGGCAUUUAUUCUUGAGACAAUCCUGAACUACGACACUACGCCCAAUUCACAAAGUCUCCCUUUUGGCUCUAACAUCGUCAUACCAACGGAGUAUGCUAUAAUAGAAAAAAACGAGUUCAGAGGAGACUUUCUCGCUGUCAUAGGAAGGAAAGACGAUGACAAAGAACUGAUGACUAACCUUACUGGAAACUAUCCACAAGGACGCUUCAAAGCGAUGAAUGUCCCAUUGCCGUUUAGCGGGAAGACAACAGAUCUUCCCCCAAUGCAACAAGGAGCCUUCUUACACUUCCUAAGGAGCGACCACGCCAACUUUUGGAACGGUGCAAUGUCAUGGCCAGCGGUAUUCAUAACAGACACAGCUGAUUUCCGGGGUUUUAUGAAAACGUGUUACCAUCAGCCGUGUGACAACAUGACUAGCGUGACACCUGAUAUGAUAUCAUUUCUGGGUAAGACCGUUGAAGCGCUCGUGAGCGCCGCUGGGAAAAUGACUGGCCGUGAUUGCCCUGGUAACGUUGCUUAUUGCGCGAAUGAAAAAACAAUAACGAGUAACCAAGAGACCAUUUCAUCCCCACUCUACCCCUCUCAGUACCUCAAUGGUGUCAGUUGUGGCUGGAUCAAGCAAUCAGAGUACCCUCAGAAACUGGUGUUUGAACAUUUUGAUUUGGAAAACAGUGUCAAUUGCUCCCAGGGUGAUUACGUGGAGAUAACCGCUGGUGAGAAAAGUUUGGGUAAGUCUGCUGAUCAAAUGAUUAUCGUUUUAGAAAAAAACUGAAAAAUGCKAAAACAG